AUGUACUCCAAGGUAUUUAUUUUCGCCGCCGUUUUGGCUAUAUCUUCCGCACGGCCGCAACACGGUCAGGAGCACGGGCACGCGUACUCGUCGCAGAGCAUCGUGCUGCACCACAGUCAGCCGCACGAAGUGCACCACGCGCCCGCCCACCACGACCACAAGCAGCUCGUGCUCGUGCACCAGCCCGUGCACGCGCCCGAACACAAGCACGAGGAACAUCAUGCGGAACACCACGUUGAUUAUUAUGCCAUCCCUAAGUACACUUAUGAGUACAAAGUAGAGGACCCCCACACCCACGACAACAAGUACCAGCACGAGACCCGCGACCACGACGUCGUCAAGGGAGAGUACAGUCUGCACCAGCCCGACGGCAGGAUCAGAAUCGUCAAGUACACCGCCGACAAACACAAUGGAUUCAAUGCCGAAGUCCACUACGAGGGUCACGCUCAACACAUCGUGCCAGAACAUCAUCAUCACCACUAA